CCAGACAGAGUUUACUCAGACAGUCGAGUCAGGAGUCAUACAACAACAGUGACGCGGGUCCAGUCAAAUUGAAAGGCUCCUGGUGACGUCGGAUCUGCCCAUGGAAUUACACGGCUCAACUCGACGGCCAAAAAUCCGAAUGAACUCCAUGCUGAUGCCUUUUAACUUGAACAACAACAACAACAACAACAACAACACACUGUAACCUUGACACUGAGAGGAACCAAGGAAUCAGAUCAACGUUUGACUCACAGGACCUCAGUCAGGACUGACGUCGGAUGGUGAAAUAGCAUGUAACCGCUGCCCUGCUGUUCUGCGGAAGUCCUGCAGAUGGCGCUGCUGAAACGCGCUCGAUGGAGAACAGUGCUGCCAGCGGUUUCGGUUGAUUGAUCCACAUGUUUUUCUAAUCUCAUGUACCAACUGAUGAAAGGGGAGAGAGGCUGCGCAGGUAUAAUUCCCUCACAACGAAACCAAAUUUAAAAAAAAUAAUAGGAUAUACUAAAAUCACGUGGUGGUAAAUAAAUCAAUUUAAAAAAGCGAUUCGGGUUAGAACAUCAACAACAACAAUAACUUGCUACCUUUGCUGCGAGUUUUAUUCCGACCCAGAGGAGCAGGUCUGGGCAUGCGCACUGCAUCGGUUCUAUGGGGACGGGGAGGACAUCACGGAAAAAACGUAGCGGCAGCACCACAAACCCCACGCCGAGAUUUCCUCCCUCCGCAGCGCCAAAACUGCGCGACGACCGCGGCCCCGCGACUAUGCCCGCUGCGGCGCCGAAGUGCGCGACGACCACUUGACAGGCCUAGGCGAGGUCCGAGCCGCAGCCGGGAGGGGGAAACACAUUUCUUCAUGUGGGAGCAGCAUGCGGGAAAUGGUCGGAGGCUGCUGCGUGUGUUCGGACGAGCGCGGCUGGGCUGAGAAUCCGCUCGUCUACUGUGAUGGACACGGCUGCAACGUCGCCGUCCACCAAGCAUGCUACGGCAUUGUCCAAGUGCCCACCGGCCCGUGGUUCUGUCGGAAGUGUGAGUCACAGGAGAGGGCGGCGCGCGUGAGGUGUGAGCUGUGCCCCCACAAAGAUGGUGCCCUCAAGAGGACGGACAGUGGAGGUUGGGCCCACGUUGUGUGUGCGCUCUACAUCCCCGAGGUUCAGUUUGCCAACGUCCUCACCAUGGAGCCCAUCAUCCUGCAGUAUGUCCCGCACGAGAGAUACAUCAAGACCUGUUACAUCUGUGAGGACCACGGGAGAGAGAGUAAGGCUGCAUGUGGAGCCUGCAUGACCUGCAACAGACAGGGCUGCAGACAAGCUUUUCAUGUCACCUGUGCUCAGAUGGCCGGCCUGCUGUGUGAGGAGGAAGGCCCAGAGGCGGACAAUGUGAAAUACUGUGGCUACUGCAAGCAUCACUACAACAAACUGCAGAAGAAGUUGCGCUCCAGUGAAAAUACCAGUAGCUCCUUCAGUGUUCCCAGGGGGCGCUCCAGCUCUCCCCCACAGGACAAACAACAACAACAACACCACCACCACAGGCAGAGGAAGAGUCAUAAGGACAAAAUUAGGCAAAAAGAGCGUCACAAGAAGUCGUCUGACAGCCUGAGCUCACCAGUGACAACCAGCAGCAUAGAAAAGAUCUCCUCCAGUCACCACAGCAGCAAGGACAAUGAGGGAAAGCCCAGGAAGCUGAGCUCACACAGUCAUAGUCAUCGCAGUAAGAAGACAGGAAGCACUGGCAAGAGCUGCUCCUCCUCCUCCUGCUCCUCCAGUCCGUUCAACACAAGUGGCUCCUUGUCGUCUGCUCAGGAUAUCCAUCAGUUCUCAUCUUCGUCCCGCCUGGAGCGUGACCCCGACCGAGGGGGCGAUGACCACAGUGGAGGGGAGCGCAAGGAGCGCCAUAGGAGGCCAGCAGUCCAGGCAGACGAGGAUGAAGAGGACGACGAGAAGGAGGGGGACAAAGAUGAUGAGGAGGAGGAAGAAGAAGAGGAGGAAGAGAACAGAAAAUACCACAAGCCACCAGCAUUGACUCCCGCUGACGGCCCAGUGGCAGGAUCACAGGGUCACGACAGGUCAGAGGGCAACUCGAGCCCUUUCGAGAACAAGGUCACCAUCUCUACCUUUGGCUCCAUCAUGCGCAUCACGUCUUCGUCAGGGCUGGGCAGCAGCAGCAAGAUGCGCAAGAUCUCCUCCUCUGGGGACUACAAACCCUCCAAGUCCCUCUGCAAGCCGUCCCAACUGAGCACGCCGCCUAUCCUGGAAGAGGCGGACACGGAGGACAAGGCCCCACUUCCACCACCGCCCCGCGAGAGGAGGCAUCGCGGCAACAAGAAGAGCCGCCACGGUCCAGGGCGCCCACGGGGCAGCAAGAACCGAGAGAGGAGGGAGGAGGAGCUUCACCACCACCAUCACCAAACAGCACCUGCUCCUCCAGCCUUAAACUCCUUGCUCUACCCAAGCCCAUCCUCCAUCCCACACCCCGCCUUCCCCUCCACGCUACCUCCCACCUCUUCCUCCUCUUCUUCUUCUUCGUUCUCCUCCUCUGUAGGCAGUUUUUCCACAGGCCGUGGUAACUCACUGCUUGGCUCCGGUAUCUACUCCAGUCUCAAGGAUCCUCUCAAACUGGGCGGGGGCGUCUGCAGUACCCCUCUCUCCCUGGGCGGAGGGGUGUGUAGCACCUCCUUGUCCCUGGGCGGGGGCAUGUGUAGCACCCCUCUCUCCUCAGGACUCCUCUCAUCCCACGUCUCCUCCCUCUCUCUUCCGUCAGUCAGCGCCGUCUCCAACACACAGGUCCAUCCAGGUUCCAGCACCUCCUACAGCCUGACCUCCACUCAGCCUUUCUCCAGCUGUCUCUCCACAGCUUCGACGCUGCCGCCACUACUGAGCCAAGCCCAGACCUCACUGCCAGAGUCCGACCUGGAUGACUGUCGCUUUCCGUGUCAGGGGAACUCACCAAGAGAGAGUCUUUCCUCACAGUCUCCCAUGAGCUGUCUUCCUCUUCUGUUUGACCACAGAGACGGGUUGGGUGCAGGAGUUCGAGCCCGUCCUGAGAACGUCCCCCCGGCCAGCUCCCACAUUGAGCUCCUGCUGGAGAAACAUAGCAACGGAGAGAUGGGAGUCAACAUUGUGGACAUGCUCCAGUCACUCCACUCCCUGCAGCAGGAGAACCAGCGCCUCCAGGACCAGAUCCUCGGCCUGACGGCCAAAAAGGAGCGGCUGCAGCUGCUCAACACGGAGCUGGCCGUGCCUUUUCCUCCGCACGUUCAUUUCACCCAGGGCUCCUUGCACACCUCUGCCCAGAUCCACUUCCUGUCGUCCACCCAAGACCCCCUUAGCACCAAUAAGAGUCCCUUGUCCAAAAGCUGCUUCCUGAAUGACACCUCCUUUGUUACCUCGUCUGAGGAGCUCCACUCUGGAAGUCCAUCCCGCAGUAGCUCGUCCCUCUCAUUCCAAAGCACUCCUCCUCAGCAGAGCCCAGCCUCCUUCGGUCAGCCCCUGCUUAACGGCCUGAGUCGAGGUUUGAGUGACGGUUUGGGGGCCGUCAGUCAGGCCGCCAGCUCCUCUCUGCCGCUGGUGGGCGGGCUGAUGGCGUCUUUCGCAGGAAGUCCUCAGCUGAGUAUGAACGGUGUUCUGGGAAGUCUGAACGGCGUGAUCCAGUCUCCAGUACACGGCGCCCCUCAGCCCGCGCUCCCUGCUCUGCGCCCCCAACCUCCACCGCUCAACGCACAGGCACUGGCACAGGGCUUCCAGCUCCCGAAGAGUGUGAGCCCAUCCUCUCUCCUGUCAGAGCAGCAGAAGCAGCUUCUUCUCGAGCAGCAGCAGCAACAGCAGCAGCUCCAGCAGUUCCUCGCCUCACAGAACUUCACUCCUGAGCAGCAGGUGGUGGUGUGCCAGAUGCUGCAGCAGCAGAGGCAGCGGGAGCUGCAGCGCCUCGCGCUCGCCUCCACCCCAAACUCGCCCCUGAUCGCCCAGUCCCCCAACCUGCUGUCCUCCGCCACAGCCUCCCCCCUGCAGGGCAGCCAGGGGACCGGCCUCUUCGGCCUGCAGGACAACGUGCUCCACAGGCCCGGGGCUGCGGGAGAAAAGGGCGGAGACAGGAAUGGGUGACAUCUCUCGAUGACUCACUGCAGCUCCAAUGAAGGCAUAGGGCACCACAAGCCCACUUGAAGAACUGAAGUCGUCUCAGAAGACUUCUCCGAGUCUUUCCUCCUCUGUCAUCUUUAUCGUAAACCCUCUUUUAUGAAUGUAUAACAGGAUGGACUUAAACGUCAAGGUGAAGUUUUUCGUGUUUUUUCGAAAUCCUUCAUACCGGAGGUUCUUUUUUUAUCUGGUUUUUUUUUGUGUAUAGGCAGCUUUCAGAGAGCACGAAAUCAGUGGUCUCUUCUUAAAUUGCACUAUUUUGUUAGUUCGACCAAUGGGGCUGCUGAUGAAGGCAGAGCAAGAGUUCCUGCUCACCCCUGCAGGUGCUGUGGGGGCUUUCGCUUUGUGAGUGGGAACUCCAGGGUGGAGAGAAUUUUUCUCAAGCACUGACUUUUUCAUGAAUUCCCUCCAAUGCUUGAACCAGAGUCUCCACUCAGUCUGUGAGAAUCAGAACUCUGCCCCUUCUUGCAACCUUCCCCCGUCUUCCUUGAUAUUUUGUCUUCCCUUUGUGUUCACCCCACCCGAACUUCAUCCAGAUCUUCUACCUGUCGCCGCCUCCCACAGGCUCUUAUUGUGUAAAGCAUAAAUAUACGUAGUCACUUUUCAAUAUUUGGUUGGUGGCAUUUCAACACAAAGCUAGUUAUUACCUCAGAAUUUGGACCACCUGCUUUGUCAACUACUUUCCAUUGUUGGGGCCGAUUUGUGCCGAUUCCUUAUUGCAAUAGUCUUCAAUGGAUAAAAAAUGCCCACCAAAUGUCCUGGUAUAAAUCAUGUAAAUGUAAAAAUGGCACACCGUCCACUCACCCAAAAUGGCGCCAUCGUCCACUAGAGCCUGGCAUCAGCGCACGACGUUGAGCACCAGGUUUUAUUCUAAAGCCGUUUAUAUCCUUCCAGUUGCUGUCGAGAUUAAGCAGAUGAAACCAAACAUUUGGAAAUUGUGAGUAAAAGAAAUUAAUCGUUAUUCCCUAGAAAAGUGUGCACUUUGCAUGUUAGUAGCUAACAGAGCAAAUUAGCCAUCAACGCCGAACCUUUGUAAAAGGAUGCUUGGUACUUACAAGGUCACUAGGUUUUUGAUUUAUAAGAAUAUUUUGCACUCUGUCCUCAAAGCGUCAGCUUUUUCUGUUUUCUUCCAUACACAGAUAUCCUUUUCAUGUCCGCCAACUAGUUGUUCUUUUAGCAAUACUGGAUAGAUAAUGCCUUAAUGAUACUAGAUUUACAGAGAAAACCGCAAGCCCAAACAGGCUCACUCUCCUGGCGUUUCUUUUUGGGAUAGUGUUUUAUAUCUCGGGUUCACGAAGGGGGUACUUUACUAAAGUGGACGCACUCUUCCUAAAGACCCCGUUUAUACUUUUGAUAGCUGACUGAUGAUUUCAACAUUUGAAAUGUGUGAAUAACCGUACAGUGGUAACUCAAGUGUCAAAUAAUUUUCUAUUGUAAGGUUUGUGUUCGGAUGCAAUGUCCUUUUAGUUGUUUGUGCUUUAGAGAAGUGAGAGGGACUUGUCGAAAAAAAUCCUACAGUACAGCCUGCACAGUGGUGUCAUAGGAAGAGGGCCAACGGAGAGUGAAGCUGGUAUCGGCACUGAGAGGACGGAGCAUUUACCGAUGUUGCUACUGUAGGUCUUUACCGCAGGGCCAUUUGAGCCACGUGCACGACGUACGCCAGUGUAGAGACACCAGCCCCUUUUAUACAGCCUGAGGCCUUGAUUCUACUUCCCUGUUCUGUGUAAAAGGUACAAAUACACAGAAUGGGCAAUUUUUUUUUGCAUUGGGCAAAAAUCUAUGUUUGGAGAGCCGACGGUGUUGUGUUACACAUUAGGCCUCCAAUUUCGGAAGCUCGGCAGGCUAUCUAAAGUCACACGGGCGGUUUAGUGUAAACGUGGCGAGGGGUCUUCUCAAUAUAGCGUGAAUCUCUGUAUGAAAGGGGCUCGGUAACUUUCUUUUCCUCUGCUCCACUUCAUAAUGUGAUGACUCCGUUUGGCUCCGUUUUCCUAACAAAGGCCACUCACGUUCAUCUUUUACCCUCGAAGUAAAGGAUUCUAUUAUCAGGUCUUCUCCUGUGUUCUUCGACUAUUAUCAUCUUGGCCUUUUAAAAUAUUUUGUCACUUUUUUUUUUUUUGUCUUGAACAUGAUCUCCCAUACAUGUGAUUACGUUGAGUGCUACAUUGUUUUGUAAGCAGCUAAUGUAGACGUCAGAAAGGAACUCCAAGCAGCUCGCCGGUCGGUGACAAAUACUGUAGCAAUGCCAGAGGGAGAACGGUGAUCAAUGUUGAUAAAGACAUGAGCCGACAUGUUGACAGCACGUCCUCGUGAGUCGUCAUGUCCAUGAGCUGGACUGAGGAGUGGUGCGAAGGGUUUCUGAAGCAGAUCCUUUCUAGUGUUGCACUGGGGCACUUUGGGCCCAACUGUAAAUCUUUUUUUUCUUUUUUUUUUGUAGCGUUUCAAUUUUGUUGGAAUACGAGUUGUAUACUUUAAUAUGUUUGUGUAAAAACACAUUCAUUCUUUUAAGCUUUGAAGUUUGAGUAAGCAAGAUAAUCCAUGUUAUGAAUGUCGUACUGUGUAUCUUUUAUGUAUUACAACAUUUAAGCACCUGGCUCUGAACGAGGUUUGAUGGAGCGCAAGUUACCUAUUGGGAAAUGAGUUGCAUGAAAUGCAGUGAUGUCUCUCAGAUGUAUCGCUAAAUACCAAGUAAUGACUAUGCAUAAUUUCAAAUGCAUUGUUCCCUGAAGAAGGAAAAAAAUGAAGAAAUUAAAUAAGCACUAAAAAGUUUUAAAAGGACAAGCACGUUGUCAUUGUACAGUGUAUUUGAGAGAAUUGAUCAAAAUGAAUUUGACAAUAUUCAGAUUAAAAUCCCUGUAAAGUAUUUUGAUAUUUUUGUGUGUAAAAUUAAAAAGGACAGAUUAAGACAACUUUUUUUUGUCAAUAAAUGUAUUUUACUGA